ACUCAUUUCUAGUGUACAAGGUAUUUGGAGCUAGCAGAGCUAACUAGCUCUUGUAUGUACUGUACAACCUUGGAUUACAAACACCUUGAACAGAUAAGUUCCCACACAUGAAAGUAGUGAGAGCCUCUGUGAGAUUCGUCUAUAUUACCUCGGAAAUUGUGUUCGGUUGCGGAAAAAAGAACUUCUGAAGGCUCCGAGCAGGAGGAUGGCGUGCUGCCUGCGCCCUUUGCUCUUAGUUGAACCCACACGAGGACUCGUGGACGAAAAGCUCCGGAUUGCUGUGACAAAUUUAAACCCGAAACAGGAGGUGACCCUUUACUGUCUGCAUCAUUCAGAGAGCAAAGACAUUUGGGAAGCAUUUGGACACUAUGUGAGCAACGAACAGGGCACUCUGACAGUGGAAAAGGACUCCAGUGUGGGAGGCACGUAUACAGGUGUGGAGUCCAUGGCAUUGAUGUGGAGCCUGCGGCCAGUGCAAGGCAGCCGAGCAGGACUGAGGUUGCAAAAGCAAGAUGUCCUCUCGCCAAUGAUAUUCCACAUUUCUGUGUACAAUGGACACAUUUCUCAGGAUUUUAACCAGCUCACGCCGUUGGUGACCAGCGUCAUAGAAAGAUGGUACAUGGCUCCAGGUGUGCAAAGGGUCCAUGUACGUGAGAAAGGAGUUCGAGGAACUUUGUUCAUCCCUCCAGGUCCUAGCCCAUUUCCAGGUGUGUUGGACUUGUGGGGAGGAGGUGGAGGUCUGGUGGAGUCUCGAGCUGCCCUGCUAGCGUCACAUGGCUUUCUUGCUUUUGCUCUGGAGUAUAUAACUCAAGGAGAAAUAAUAGCCAUGAAUAGUACUUACUUUGAGGUAGCAUAUCAGAUCCUGCAGGAGCAUCCCAUGGUUCUAAGGGACAGAUUGGCUCUGUUGGGCUUCUCAUUUGGUGGUUCUGUUGCUCUGUCUCUGGCUGCCUACUCUGUCAAGCCCCGGUGUUGUAUAUGCAUCAGUAGCAAUCAUCUCAUUCCUGUGCGUAAUACUUUGUCUGAAACCAUCGAAGAAUUGAUCAGUCUGUCUCAUAAAGCGCGGAUAAAGGAUAAUCAGGCCAUCUGGAGAGACCUCUUCCUGCCCAUCCCAACAGAUCUAACCAAGAAAGUGGAUGUUGGGCAAAUAAGAUGUCCGCUGCUUUUGAUUGUUGGGGAUGAUGAUCAGAACUGUGCUGCACUGGAGUUUGCUGAAGAUAUGGAGAGAAUAACUGAAAAGGCAGGGAAUCGGCAUUUGCUCAAGAUCUUCAUCUAUCAUGGUACAGGUCACCUGAUUGAGCCACCCUACACACCACACCACAGAGCCUCCAGUGUCAUAGUUACUGGCAAGCAGAAAGUGAUCCUGCUUUGGGGUGGACAGACCAAACCGCAUGCAUAUGCACAAGAAGAUUCAUGGGAAAAAAUUUUGGACUUUUUACGCCAACACCUCUGCAUUACAGUUCUAAAGGCAACACUCUAGUGGUGUGAGUUGUUUUGCUUUGUGAAAUUGAUGAUAGCAAAAUAACUCUCAAAAUGUCUGACACUUCUUCACUACUACAUCGUCAAAUCAGAGAGGAUUGCAUAUACACUGUUUUGAACCAUAUGCCCAAUUUUCAAAAAUGAGGAAGCAUUUUUUAAAGUAAGGGAGACUUGGGACAAGUUCUUGGCUUUUGAAGACUGUGAUAAAUUCUUUGCAAGUAGCAUCACAUUCAUAUUGCAUUAGAGAGUAUUUACUCUACCCUCUUACCACAACAUUAGUUUCUCAGCUUGUCACAUAGACUGGCCUUCAGGCUUCACUUUUUCUGUCAUUAUUUUUUGCAAGGAGACAUUACAUUGAGGGGAGACAUGGGACAUUAUGUUGAGAGACUUGGGAUAUAGAGGGGUGACAUGGAACAAAAUUAAAAUACCUAGGCCUUCAUGUUUAAUUUAUAUUAUCAAAACUUAAAAAAAAAAAAGUCAGUUUACCCAAACCUGACUAGACAAAACAGAAAUAAGCUUAAUCCUCAUGCAGGUACACGCCCACAUUUUUAACAAAAAAUUUUAAACAAUUUUAUAUUUGUAAAACACAAGAAAAAACCUGUAACAUGAACUGUCCCAACUCUCUCCAUUGAGCUGUUCUGGUUUUUUGUUUUGUUUUUUACCCUGCACAGAAUUUAAGUCUAAUAAAUAAUAAUAUAUCUGUUAACUCUCGGCUACAUACGUUAAUUCCCAACAAAUCCCGACUUCACCAGCAUACAUUACACCAUAGAAUAGAGGUGGAGGUGAAGUAGAAAAUACAAGUUUUGGUUGACUAAAAUAUUAAACUGGCCAAACCAGGGCUUUACAUUAGCACCUGCCCACCCGCCAAAUGCGGGUAAAAUUUGGCUUUGGCGGGUAAUGACUUUAGUCCCACUAGCCACUUUGGCGGGUGGUUUAUUCUGUGGUAUGACAAUAUAUUUUAAUUGUAGUUUUCUCUGAAGGCAUCUGAUAUAAUAAACACAUUGCAAUGUGAUAUUACGCGCCUACAACUCCCAUGAGCACCUGCAUAAACAUUCUGACAUGUUAGAAUUGUUUAGAGCGUUUGUUAACGGCUCAGAUAAAACCAGUGACACGGUAACCUGCGGUUAAUGAAGGAAGCAACAAAGUUCCUGACGACUGACAAGCGCACUAUGUGGCGGCAUAUAGCUGGAGUUUCAAACCCUGCUGCUCAGGGAAAAAGGGGCAGAGAUGAGCAGGGCCGGAGUAGCAUUUUAAAAUCACCGAGGUCCAUGAUGCGCAAAGCGCGCGCCGAAACAUUUGACAUAUUUAAAUGAGAGGGGUGAAUUAUACAUCACACGAGAUCUAUUCCUGAAAUUACUUUUAAUGGUGUUUGAACUGAAUAUCAUCUCAUCUCAUUAUCUGUAGCCGCUUUAUUCUGUUCUACAGGGUCGCAGGCAAGCUGGAGCCUAUCCCAGCUGACUACGGGCGAAAGGCGGGGUACACCCUGGACAAGCCGCCAGGUCAUCACAGGGCUUGAAUAUCAUCAGUUUUGAAAAAAAAAAAUCAUGUAUGUGGCAAGAGUAAGAAUAAUUUAAGCUUGUUUAAUGGUUUGAUCUGGCCCAAGCAAUGAGGACAAAAGAUACCUUAACCAUGUAGCCUAUGUAACUAAGAUGCAUUAACAACAUGGCAUCCGUUACACCAACAUGAAAAAAAAAAUUCUGGUAAAAAAAAAAAAAAUCAGGAUACACCACCAUGUUUUAGGCAAAGUUAGCCAAGGCAAACAUAAGUUGAAACUUUCCACUCUAUUGUUUUGGCUUAUCGAAUUAUUUAUUUUUAAAAUCACAAACAAGGCAGGCUACAACUGUGCUGCUUCAAAAAUGUAAAUUGAACAGCUUGAUGAAAGUGCGCUGAUGGUUCCCAUGAAAAAAAACGUGCCUGCUGCAUUGCGUUCCUCCGCCGAGUCCCACGCUCUUUCGCUUUUGUGUUCUUGGUCUCAGAGCCGCGCGCACGAAACAAACACAGAAGACAGAAUCAACGUUCAACAUCAUUAACAAUGCACUUUUUACAAAGACGUUUUAAUGUUAUUCUUUUUUUUUUAUCCAGUUGAAUAUUUAGCAUACAAAUGUAUUUUCAGUUCUUAAAAAUGACUGAGGUCCGGACCUCGGUGGCCUCAUAGCUGGCUAUGGACAUGGAGAUGAACAAGACGCUAAUAGGAAGAUAAGACAGUUCAAUGACAAAUGGAAGUUCGGGCGAGAUUGGCUAGUUCAUAGCAAAACUGAAAAUACCAUGUACUGCGAAGACUGUAGAAAGUAUGGCAAAGACAGGCACCAGUAAUUUUAAACUCGAAACUAUAAAGGACCACGAAAAGUCGAAUGCACACAUCGGUACUAUAACAUCAAAACAGGCGAAGACGGCUGGUUCACUACAGGACAGCAUUGCUUUCAAAUCCCUGGCUGUCAUGAAGUCGGCUGAGCUGGAGAGGAUGGAGCUGCCAUUUAGAAACGUUCACGUGAUUGGAAAGAAGUUGAUCCCGCCCCAGCUAUCAACUUAUGGCCUGCUGGAAGCCUCAGGUCACAAAGACCAUUUUUCAUGGACCAUUCAGACUCAUCUGAUGAUGAAUGUAAUGAGGACAUUUAAUGUCUCUCUCUACACAUGUACACACACACACACACACACACACACACACACACAUACUAUUAAUAGAUAAUACAUAAUAUAUAAUAAUACUUGAUAAUACAGGGGCGGCACGGUGGUGUAGUGGUUAGCGCUGUCGCCUCACAGCAAGAAGGUCCUGGGUGCGAGCCCCGGGGCCGGCGAGGACCUUUCUGUGCGGAGUUUGCAUGUUGUCCGCGUGGGUUUCCUCCGGGUGCUCCGGUUUCCCCCACAGUCCAAAGACAUGCAGGUUAGGUUAACUGGUGACUCUAAAUUGACCGUAGGUGUGAAUGUGAGUGUGAAUGGUUGUCUGUGUCUGUGUGUCAGCCCUGUGAUGACCUGGCGACUUGUCCAGGGUGUACCCCGCCUUUCGCCCGUAGUCAGCUGGGAUAGGCUCCAGCUUGCCUGCGACCCUGUAGAACAGGGGUUCUCAACCUUUUGCAACCUGGGCCCCACCAAAGCUGGUUCAUUGCAGUUGGGGGCCCCUCUUCUCGCCCCACCCCCCCAAACACACUCACCCGCAGUGACGCCACCUGACCUACAGCACCUUAUAUCGACCGAUAGAUAGAUAGAUAGAUAGAUAGAUAGAUAGAUAGAUAGCCCUGGGCUAGAUUAUUAUUAUUAUUAUUAUUAUCAUCAUCAUCAUUAGUAGUAGUAGUAGUAGUAGUAGCAGCAGUAGUAGCAUUAUCCAUUCCAUAGAAAUACAUAGGCCUAUUAUCAUUAUUAGGCUAUUGUUAUAAUUGGCAGUAGCACCACAUUUCUAAUCUGCUUUCGGGCAUUAUUAUAAUUAUUAUAAUUAUUAUUAUUAUUAUUAUUAUGGCCUAUUAUCAUUACUAAGCUGUUGGCAGUAGUACAAGACUUAUGUUCUUUCAGGCAUUAUUAUUAUUAGGCCUAUUAUUAUUAUUAUUAUUGCUGUUGUUGGUUGUUGAUAUUAUUAUUAUUAUUAUUAUUAUUAAUAGGCAUUAUUAUUAUUAUUAUUAUUAGUGUUUUUAUUAGGUAUUUUAUUAGGCUUAUCAUUAGCUGGCUAUUGAUAUCAUUGGGAAUUGGGACCAGGCGUGAAUUUAGGUUUUACUUUUUACUGUGCCUUUGUGAUCUGCAUUUGCGUUAAUGCGAGACCUGAGCCUGCUUUGCCUUACAAAGAUCCUCGAUUCUUGGCGAAAUGUUUGACAAGCACAGUCUCAAGUCUUCCUCAAUUUGCGCACGAUUGCGAUAUUUCGUUUUGAGCGCAGUCAUUUUUGAAAAUCCUGCCUCACACAAGUAGGUCGAUGCGAAUGGGAUGAGCAGUUUCAAGGCUACGUCACACAGUUGCGGGUACUCCUGCAUCAAUGCUGCCCAGAAUGUCGAAAGAGGGCAUGAGGUGAAGACUGCCUUAAGUCUACUGUCACUCUUCAGCUCAAUAAGCUGUUCCUGCAUGUCAACUGGAAGUUCGUCAGCAGUACACACAAAUGGAUCUCGAACCCACGCAAAAGAGCGAUAAUCCUCAGUGAAGUAUGCCGCAAACUGUUUUCUCAUUACCGACAGGUGCUCUGACGCUGCUUGAAAGACAGAUGAGAAAUCGUGGGAAGUGCCUGCAUUACUGAUAAAGUCUGCAAGGCUUGGGAACAUAUCACAGUUCCCCCGACUGAUGCGGCCACACCAGAGGUCAAGUUUUUGCUUGAAGGCAUCCACUUUCUCUGCGAGAAGCAAAAUGUGAGUUUCUCGGCCUUGCAAAGACAGGUUCAAGCCAUUCAAGCGGUCAAAUAUAUCGACCAAAUAGGAGAGACACAGCAGCCACAAAGGGUCAUCCAGAUUUUUCGCCAGGUCUGAAUUGAUUUGUGUCAAAAACCGCUUCACCUCAUCUCGCAGCUCAUAUAAACGUUGUAACACCCGCCCCCUGGACAGCCAGCGAACCUCAGUGUGCAGAAGCAGCUGUUCGUGCUCUGACCCCAUCUCCUGACAGAGGACCUCAAACAAGCGAGAGUUUAGCGGCCGUGACUUGAUGAGGUUGAUCAUUUUUACUGAUUGGUUCAGCACGGAUUCCAACAGAGACGGCAUUUUUUUUGCAGCGAGUGCUUCGCGAUGAACCAUGCAAUGGGUCCAUUUUACAAGUGGAGCUACCUGCUUAACGCGAGCAGCUAGACCUUGCUCACGGCCCGUCAUUGCUCGUGCGCCAUCCGUGCACAAGCCAACGCAUCGGUCCCACGCCAACCCAUUCUCGCGAAUAAAUGAAUCAAGGACAUUGAAGAUGGCCUCUCCAGUUGUGUGUGACUGAAGAGGGCGGCAAAAAAGGACAUCCUCCUCAAUUAAUUUAUCCCUGACAUACCUGACAUAUGUAAGAAGCUGUGCCUGUCCAGCAAUAUCGGUAGACUCAUCCAACUGCAAGGCAUAGUAUGGACUAUUUUUAAUAAACUGUAUUAAUUGCUCUCUGAUAUCACUGGACAUAUCAGCAAUUCUCCGAGCAACUGUGUCAUUUGAAAGUGGCACGGUGCCUAAUUUGGCUGCUGCACUAUCCCCGAAGAAUAUUCUGCACAUGUCCUGCGCAGCUGGCAAAACGAAUUUCUCGGCAUCAGUGUGCGGUUUGCCUAGCUUACCUAUUCUUUUUGCCACCACAUAUGAUGCCUCCAGGCACUGCUUAGAUACAGUGCUGUGCACGGAAAUUGUUGCCUGUUGCUGAUGCAGGCCAUCACGCUUUCUUUGAAAGUAUUCAAGCGGUUUGUCCUUCAGGCCAGCAUGCUUCGUUUCGAGGUGCCUUUUAAGUUUGCAUGGCUUCAUGCUUUCGUUUGCCAGCACCUCGGCACACACGACACACUGAGGACGAAGAUCAGAGGUGACAGUAAAACCAAACUGCAGGUAUGAUUCAUCGUACCUCCGAAGCUUUCUCGCAGCUGGUGGUAGACCUACGUCAGUUGUCUUGGGUUUUUUGACAAGAAAUCUAUCCAUUUUGUUAAAGUAUUUGUGAAUAAACGUGUGUAAUAAAGUUGUAACGAUAAGUCUGUAGUAGGCUAAGUCUGUAGUAGGCUAAGGGGGCUAACCAGAGGGAACGUAUGGGGCUUAUCAGUGAGAAACACGAUCGAUAUCUUUAUUCGGGGAUUUUAUAGUUGCAAAUUUUAACGAGGUGUGAAUGGUGUACUUACUCGUGUGAGUGUGUGUGUGUGUGUGUGGGACAGUUGGAUUUUUCACACGCAGGGUGAAAAAGGCAAAGGGGUAGUAGACUAGCAGUAAGAAAACAACAAAAACAACAAAUUAUUUGGGUAGAGCUGAAAUGGGGAAAGCAAAAAUACAGUGUGGGGUAGUAGUCUUUAAAAAGACUAUUUGGGUUUUGCGCUGUAUCGAUGGAUUGAUGAUAGUAGACUAGCGAGAGUCGGCACGAGUUAACUCGGCAAGAAACCAGACCAGUGUGUGUGUGUGUGGCAAGCACUCACACGGUGGCCACGGUAUGCAGACUCACUCACGUGACGUUGCGUCAUGUUCGCGUCACGGGCUUAAAAUAACCUACACACAAGAUUUUAUGAUAGAUUGAUGAUAGAUUUUAUAAUAGUAUUGAUUUGUAUGUAAUAGUCCAAUGUCCUGCAUUUUGACAUGGGUAAAUGUGUUGCAUCUGCUUAGCUACUAUAGCCUGUUAGCCCCAGAUUUUUUUUUUCCUCCAUACAUGAAGCCUACUCGCGACCCCCCUGGAGUACCUCCGCGCCCCACCCCCCCCGGUUGAGAACCACUGCUGUAGAAGGAUAAAGCAGCUAGAGAUAAUGAGAUGAGACUUGAUAAUACACAUAAUACUUGCAUAUCAAAACAUCAAGUGUUUUUCAAUGAUAAAUGUUUUGAAUUGGACUUUUAAUAUUAGAAUCAGUUCAGUUGUACUGAAUGUUAUUUUUCACAUUAUACGAUAUUUCAUAUUGUAAGGGGCUUGAAUUUGAGUUCAAUAAAUAGAAUACUCUGUUUAUAUUUUUGUCUGAAUUGGUUGCAUGUUUUCAUAUAGGGAGCUACCUUAACAGCACUGAAUACUUGAGUGCUACAUUAUACGCUGCCAUUAAUAAUUAAAUCUAGAUCUUCCGAACAUUAACGUAUCAUGUUGAAGAAAAAACUGCGAUUUCCUGGCAACAAAAUUGUGGCUAGUGAAAAGGCUGAAUGGCUAGUGACUCGGGAAAACCACUAGCCACAGUGGCCGGUGAGCAAAAGAGUUAAUGUAAAGCCCUGGGCCAAACCUUACUGCAGUGUCCAGCUUCAUGGCUCCAAAGGAAAUAGGGUACUCGAAUGGGCAACAUCUAACAUAUGAUGUAAUCUAAAACCUGAUUGGUUGAAAUUAAUUUAUGGGAAUAUGAACUGUCCUAAGUCUCCCCUGUCCCAAGUCUCCCUGCUCUCCCCUACCAAUGAGCCAAGUUUAACAGCCAAUUUUAACAGUUUACCCAGUCUUCACCAAACUUGGCACAAAUGAUCUUCAGACCAAAGCUCGUUAAGGUUAUCAGAUUUUUUAUUUUAAAACUUUGUCUGUGACAACCAAUCAAAAUCAGCACUGAAGCCACCAAACAGAAUGUAAGGACACAUCUCAGCAAUGCUUUGAUUAAACUGUUAUCUCAACUUAAUUGAUACAGCCAACAUUAAAAAAAAAAAAAAGAAAAUAUCAGGGAAUUUGUAAAGUCCACAAAUUCUGUUUACUAUUCAUCAAACUUGAGAUAGAUGAUCUUCAGAACAACCCUAAAAAGAGUGCUUUGAUGCAUUUUUUUUAUUUUAAAAAACAUUCAUUCAUUGAAGACAAAUCAGUGACAAAUGAUUUAAACAGGACACAAGCUUGUAUGUCAGUUACACUUGAUCAGUUCUCAAUUGAAAUAAACUUACUAUCAGUGCUUACAGCCACAUUUUUAGCAUGAUCAGAUCAAGGUGACGUGGUGAUUCUUCCCUGCUGGACUUGGGCCCCCUCUUCAUUGCUUGCAGCUAUAUGUAUAAUUGUUAGUUUGUCCAAUUACUUUUGAGUCUGUGAAAAUGGAGAUGCUAUGGAAAUAAUUGUUGUAAUUCCUAAACAUUUGAUGCAAUAUUAUUGUUAAAGCCUCUGAAUUCAGGAUAACUACAUAAUUUUAAAAUAAAAAUAAA